UUAUCCCUAAUUGUUAUUGUUGUGGUUGUGGUGAUAGACUGGAAGUGAUUGAGUGAUUGGAGUGAUGAUGGCAUACAUGGCAUACACUGAUGAUGGAGACAAUGAUUUAGACAUAUCGUGUCAAUGAAGAGCCAGUACUCGACACUGUCUGACGCUGUGCUCGACUCUCGGGUGCCGUUGAGAUCUGAGGAGGAGUUCCGACUCGGAGUGACAUUCAAUGCCAAGCUGAUAGGGUGUGGAUCAGUGCCGCGACCCAACUCGCGGGUCGAGAUCGUGGCGGCCAUGAGACGCAUCCGCAGUGAGUGUCGGUCGCGGAAGGACAAGAAGCGGAAGGUGUUGGUGAGGGUGUCGUACGAAGGGGUUCGGGUGGCCCUCUCUGGGCGGUGCCAGUCAUCCAUGCUAUGUGUGGCCCAACACCCCAUUCACCGCAUAUUCUAUGUCUCCCACGACUCACUCGAUUUGCAUGUCUUCUCAUACAUAGCACGCGAUGGCAAUGCCUUCAAAUGUGUUGUCCUGAAGGCCAACAAACAGUCGGUUGCCGUCAAUGUUGUCCGCACUAUAGGACAGGCAUUCGAGUUGUGCCAUAAGAUGGCUUUAGCCGACACCACCACCACUCACACCAACACCACUGACACCACUCACACCACCGACACUCUCACCCAACCAUCCAAUACUCAAAUGGAAAGUCUGUUGCGAGACGUGGACUCAAAGUUAGACAAAUUGGCCGAAAGGGUCACCUCUUUGGAGGAACAGAUCACUACUUUGGUGCUGAAGGUCAGCGCUCAACACAAUCAACACAAUACUCACUUGAACCAAUUGAAUUCUCCCGACUCUCUCCUCUCUUCGCCCUCCAAUACCAACAACUGUCUCAUCGCUGACCUCUUCCAACCCAUCCAUUGAUUGUCAUCUCAUUUAUUGCCAUUUAUUUAUGUAUCCAAUCAUUCAUUCAAAGCAAAUGCAGAGUAUAUAACACUUAAGUCUAAUAACCACAACACAUAACACAUACUCUAACUCUAAAGGGUUUAGUAUUGACUGUUAAUUCAAUUCAAUGUUAUACUGUACUUAUGAUUCUCAAUAUCACAUCAAUAAAUGUGUUGUUAUUGUCAUUGCAUUCAAUUUAUUGCAACAUUAAUGCUCAACAUAGCUAUUAAUUAUCGGUAAAACAAGUGUUUAUUUCGAUGAACUGUUGUUGGCGG